UGAUUCAAUUUUUCAGUCAUCUAUCAGAGUUGUUCCAAUAAUUGGGUUUAGGGUUAGGUUAGCAUUAAUUUAUUUGCAGCUCUGUCUAAAGCACAACAUUAGAAAGGAACUAAAGCAUUCUAUAUUUAUUACUUCAUCGAUAUCAAGCGCCAUAUCAAAUUGUCAUGUCAUUUAUUCGAAUUUCGAACAUUGUCAAAGUGUACUCAUAAAAUUUUAGAUAAUUAUAAUUAAUUUAAUAGCUUUUUGUAAAGUGAGUGAUAUUGUAUUAAACAUAUAGGAUAAGUAGUGAAGGUAGACUUUACGGGUACUAAUAAUAUAACUGAAUAAAUUAAUUUGAUUUUAUUUAAGCCACAAAUAUGAGCGCAAAUAAUCCUAGAAGAAGGAAUUCGCGUGUUCGAAACAUUCAAGGUGAUAUUCAAGAUCCCUCUAUUUCCUCCACGGUCCAUAUCCUUCACCAAACCAUAACUAGACCAAGAAUAAGAAAUAUAAGAACCGAUUGUAUUGGAUUGUUUCACCCUAUGUCAAAUUCUGUAGCUGGUGUAACAUCCAGUGCAGAAGACUUGUCCACGUCUAAGGCGUUAGUUCUAGUUGCCAUUAUAUUUAUAUCCUCACUGUUGGCUUUGGGUCUCCUAUACAAACAAUUCCCUGACUUAGAAGAAGAUGAACAAAAGCACUUGCAUUUGCCAUGGGACCUUGAGGAUGCCAAACAACUAGGUUUAGUUCUAGACCGAUAUAAGGAGAAAUAUUUUUAUGAAGUAUUAUUUGGAGUCUUCUUAGUUUACAUAUUUUUGCAAACAUUUGCAAUACCUGGAUCAAUUUUUUUAAGUAUUCUUUCAGGGUUUUUGUUCCCAUUUUAUUUAGCAUUACUUCUGGUAUGCUGUUGUUCAGCCAUUGGUGCAAGUUUAUGUUUCUUCCUAUCCAACCUUCUUGGUAAGAAGUUGGUGAAGAGAUUCUUUCCGGAGAAAGCAGCACAAUGGGCAAGAGCAGUGACGAAGCACAGUAAUAACUUGCUCAACUACAUAAUAUUUUUGAGGGUGACACCGUUUUUACCAAACUGGUUUAUAAAUAUGUCAGCACCUGUGAUUGGUGUGCCAUUAAUGCCAUUUGCACUUGGAACAUUUAUUGGCGUGGCGCCGCCAUCGUUUGUGGCAAUCCAAGCUGGACAGACCCUGCACACACUGACGUCCACCAGCGACGCGUGGUCGUGGACGUCUGUCACAGUCCUCAGCGUAUUCGCACUAGUCUCCUUAAUACCAGUAUUCCUUAAAGACAAGUUGAAAGCAAAGUUUGAAUGAAAGUAUAGUAGUUGAUUUUUAGUUAAUUUUAUUUAUUUUGUUAAUAAAUUGGUGUUUUGUACAUUCCA